AUGAAGUUGCUGGUGGAUCUCCACCUUAGGUUUAUACAGAGCCAAGAUGAGCAAAAGGAUAAGUUGACGUACUGGAAGUCACAACAUUUAAAAAUGAAUGGCGUAUUUUGGGGUCUUAGUGCCGUGAAGCUCUUGGGCCAUUUGGACAAGUUCAAGCGCGAGGAUGUUAUUGCCUUUGUAUUAGAGUGCUGGAACAACGAUGGUGGAUUUGGUGGAAAUGUGGGUCAGGACUCUCACAUGCUUUACACCUUGAGCGCUGUGCAGCUGCUUUGCCUAUUUGGAGCCCUUGAUUCUAUUGAUGUGGAGAAGUGUGCUCGUUGGGUGGCGUCUAUGCAAUUGCCAGAUGGCUCCUUUCAAGGUGAUGAGUGGGGAGAGGUUGACACACGUUUUGUGUACAUUGCUAUGAAUUGCUUACAGCUUCUUGGGAGACUGCACCUCAUCGAUGUGGAGGCGGCGGUGUGUUGGGUGCUGCAGUGCCAGAACUGGGAUGGCGGUUUCGGUGUUGUCCCUGGCGCGGAGAGCCACGCGGGACAGAUAUUCUGUUGCGUUGGCGCACUUAGCAUCGCUAACGCCCUGCACCGCAUCGACAAGAUGCAGCUGGCGAGCUGGCUUGCGAUGCGGCAGCUUCCAUCGGGAGGUCUGAGCGGCCGCCCGGAGAAGAAGGCCGAUGUGUGUUACAGUUGGUGGGUCGUUUCGUCGCUCGCCAUGCUUGGCUGUACGGACUGGAUUGAUCACCACGCACUGUUUAAAUUCAUCCUGGCGUGCCAGGACGCCGACGACGGUGGCAUUGCGGAUAAACCGGGAAACAUGGCGGACGUCUACCACACCUUCUACGGGCUGUGCGGCCUCAGCCUCCUCGGCUACGAGCACUACCCGCUUGGCGACAUUAACCCCGUAUACGCCCUGCCGUACACCGUGCUGGAGGAACUGGAUGUGCCGGAGGAGAGGGGACUGCGUGUCGGCAGGAGGAGCCGAGCGUGA